AGACCCUCCCUAAGAUCUUACUAGCCAGUUUUUGCUUCAUUUUCCCAUAGAGCACAGAGGUGAGCACAAGUCUGUGUUAAUGUCUGAGUGCACCAGGAGAACAACAGGUAACUGAAAGUUGACAAACAAGUUUGUCAAGUGUGACACAGCAAGGAGGAAGCCAUUUGUGAGGAUGGAAUGAACACACCUGGUAUUCAAGCACACGUUAGGAUUUUGCAAUGGGAGUGAAGGAUCUAGGGCUUGUCUGAGUUUUAUUUCUGUAAAGGAAGAAAGAAGGGGACGAGAACGGUGCAGAAAGCUUUAAAAAGUCACAUCUGUUAACAGGCAUCAUGGAUACAGACUGUGAUACCACCUUUGAAGAGGAUUCACAGAUGCCAAAUGAUGAGGUUGUUCCAUACAGUGAUGAUGAAACAGAUGACGAACUGGAUAGCCCAGAUUCUGUGGAACCAGAACAAAACCGAAUAAACAAGGAAGCAGAACAGAGCCGUGAACCAAUAAGGAAAGAUUGUAACUGGAAAGUGAAAGCAAAUGAUGCAAACUUCUACAAAUUGCCAGAAUUCCAGAAGAAGACCUUCCUUUGCUUCAAAAAAAGCAAAUACGCACAAAAUGAAAUCAAGACUUCCAAAUACAACCCGAUUACUUUUUUACCUUUAAACUUGUUUGAACAAUUCAAGAGGGCAGCCAAUUUUUACUUUCUGAUUUUACUUAUCCUCCAGGCUAUUCCUCAAAUAUCCACAGUCUCAUGGUCAACAACUUUAAUACCUCUUCUGCUUGUAUUGGGAAUCACUGCAAUAAAAGAUCUUGUGGAUGACAUUUCUCGUCAUAAAAUGGAUAAUGAGAUAAACAAUCGACCGUGUGAAGUUAUAGAAAAUGGAAGGUUUAAGAAAAAAAAAUGGAAAGAUAUUCAUGUUGGGGAUAUCAUACGAAUUAAAAAGAAUGAAUUUAUUCCAGCAGAUGUACUAUUGCUGUCUAGCUCAGAUCCAAAUAGCCUUUGCUAUGUUGAAACAGCUGAACUUGACGGUGAAACCAACUUAAAAUUCAGAAUGUCACUUGAAGUGACUGAUAGGUUUCUCCAAGAUGAGAAAGCACUGGCUGAAUUUGAUGGACUGGUCGAUUGUGAAGAACCAAAUAAUCGCCUGGACAAGUUUGUUGGAACUUUAUACUGGAAAAACAUGAGCUACAGUCUUGAUGUUGAUAAAAUUUUGCUUCGUGGCUGCAUGAUCCGGAACACUUGCUUCUGUCAUGGGCUUGUUUUAUUUGCAGGUGCUGACACAAAAAUUAUGCGAAACAGUGGGAAAACCAAAUUAAAAAGAACAAAAAUAGACUAUCUAAUGAACUACAUGGUGUACACGAUAUUUGUUCUGUUGAUUCUUUCCUCUGCGGGACUUGCCAUUGGGCAGACCUAUUGGGAACAGCAGUAUGGACAAACCAAUGUGUCUUGGUAUCUAGAUGAUGGAAAUACUUAUUCACCAUCCUAUCGUGGCUUUCUGGCAUUUUGGGGUUAUAUAAUUGUUCUCAAUACUAUGGUUCCUAUUUCCCUCUAUGUAAGUGUUGAAGUAAUCCGUUUAGGGCAAAGUUAUUUUAUCAACUGGGACUUACAGAUGUAUUACCCUGAGAAAGAUACAGCAGCUAAGGCCAGGACCACAACACUUAAUGAGCAGCUUGGCCAAAUCCAGUACAUCUUCUCUGACAAGACUGGAACCCUAACACAGAAUAUAAUGACUUUUAAGAAGUGCACCAUAAAUGAGGAGACUUAUGGUGAGCCAAGACAAACGGCUGGGAUGAAGUCUGGCCAAAGUGAGUGUGUAGACUUCAGCUGGAAUAUUUUAGCUGACCCAAAGUUUACGUUUAACGACAACUACUUGAUAGAACAGAUCCGAUCUGGAAAGGAUUCUGAUGUUGGUCUGUUUUUUAAGCUUCUGGCCCUGUGCCACACUGUAAUGGUGGAGAAGUCGGAGGGCGGGGAGCUGGUCUAUCAAGCUGCAUCUCCAGAUGAAGGUGCCCUGGUAACAGCAGCCAGGAACUUUGGUUAUGUUUAUCUUACAAGAACCCAGAACACAAUUACAAUAAGUGCGAUGGGGGUAGAAGAAACCUAUGAUGUCCUUGCGAUCCUAGACUUUAACAGUGAUAGAAAGCGAAUGUCUAUAAUUGUGCGAGAGCCAGAUGGUAACCUCCGACUUUACUGCUAAGGCGCUGAUACAGUUAUAUAUGAGCGUUUGCACCAAGAUAACCCAAUCAAAGAACACACUCAGGAAGCACUGGAUAUUUUUGCCAACGAAACCCUACGGACGCUAUGCCUUUGCUACAAGGAUAUAAGUCAGGAAGAGUAUUAUUUAUGGGCCAAGAAAUAUAAUGCAGCAAGUGUUGCUAUGACCGACCGAGAUGAAGCUCUGGAUAAAGUAUAUGAAGAAAUUGAAAAAGACUUGAUGCUUUUGGGAGCCACAGCUAUUGAAGACAAGUUACAAGAUGGUGUGCCCCAAACAAUUGCCAAACUUGCUAAGGCAGAUAUCAAGAUUUGGGUCCUUACUGGUGAUAAAAAAGGUUUACAGGCAGAAAACAUUGGCUUUGCUUGUGAACUAUUAACUGAAGAAACGGACAUUUGCUAUGGGGAAGAUAUAAAUGCCCUAAUACAGACAAGAAUGGAAAAUCAGAGAAAUCAGCCAGGAAGGGUUCCAGAAGUGCUCCACAAUGAAUCUGGCAAGAAACGUGCUCUCAUUAUAACUGGUUCCUGGCUGAAUGAAAUCCUCUUGGAAAAAAAGAUACGAAAAGAAGAAGCGAUUAAAGCUUAAAUUUUCCCAAGACCCAAGAAGAGAAGCAACUGAACCUGCAAGAGAAAAGAAAAA